CAUUUUCAUACCAUUUUCAUUCAUUCCUCCAAAUUUAGCUGAAAACUAACCAAAGAAGAACCAUAAAAACCAUAUGCGUCAUGGAAGAAGAUCAGAGCAGCUUCUUCUACCCACCGGAUUCCGACCUGGACCUGAGCUUCACCAGCUGCACAACCACCACCACCGACCGGACGUUCAGUGCCCGGAGCAGUCUUGCCCGGAGCAGCCUCACUCUCAGCUUCAACGACCGCCUCUCCUCCACUUCAACUCCUUCCAACCCUUCCACCUCCGUCGCCAGCCUCCACGACCGCCCUCACCGCCGACACGACCCCAACUGGGCGGCGAUUAAGGCCGCCACCACCCUCUCCUCCGACGGAGCUCUCCACCUCCGCCACCUCAAGCUCCUCAAGUUAGUCGGGUCAGGUAACCUGGGUCGGGUCUUCCUCUGCCGGUUACGCGAUUACGACCACGCGAAUUUCGCGCUCAAGGUCGUGGAUCGAGAUUCUCUCACAUCCAAAAAACUGUCUCACGUUCGGACGGAAGCCGAGAUUUUAUCGUCUCUGGACCACCCUUUUCUACCCACGCUUUAUGCCCAUCUGGAAGUUUCCCAUUACACUUGUUUGCUCAUCGAUUACUGUUCCAACGGCGAUUUGCAUUCCUUGCUCCGCAAGCAACCCACCAACCGGCUACCGGUGGAGGCGGUCAGGUUCUACGCCGCCGAGGUCCUGGUGGCCCUCGAGUACCUCCACGCGCUGGGAAUCGUUUACCGUGACUUGAAACCCGAGAACAUUUUGAUCCGAGAAGACGGUCACAUUAUGUUAUCCGAUUUCGAUUUGUGUUUCAAAUCGGAUAUCUCCCCGAAAUUAGAGAACAAGGUCCACGUGGACGAUGCUGCGGGGAGCCCGAGGAGUCACCGCCGCAGGCGGCGGAGGAGAAAUUGUUAUUGUCUCGACGGCGGGCGGGAACGGGUGAGGAUGGUGACGGAAUUCGUGGCGGAGCCGACGACGGCGUUCUCGAGAUCGUGUGUGGGGACACACGAGUAUUUGGCGCCGGAGUUAGUUAGCGGUAACGGUCACGGUAACGGAGUGGACUGGUGGGCGUUCGGGGUUUUGAUAUACGAGUUGUUGUUCGGGACGACGCCUUUUAAAGGCGGGAGUAAAGAGUCCACCCUGCGGAAUAUAGCGUCCACCAAAGGGGUGAAAUUCUACGCCGCCGCCGACGAUGAAAUGGAAUCGGAGAACGGGCUGAUGGCGGAAGCCAGGGAUUUGAUAGAGAAGCUGUUAGUGAAAGAUCCCAGGAAAAGGCUAGGGUGCGCCAGGGGUGCAACGGACAUUAAACGUCACCCGUUUUUCCAGGGGAUAAAAUGGCCGUUGAUCCGGGCUUACCGGCCGCCGGAGUUACGUGGGUUGACGGUGAAAAGGAGCAAGAGUAAGGUUCACGGCGGCAGCCACCAUCAUCAUCAUCACUGGAGUAGUGUUGUGCCGACAUCCCCGAGAAGAAGGCGGUGCUGGUGGAUGAGGCUUUAUCUGAGGAUUAAGGGAUCUAAAUAUAGUUUAAAUCCCAACACGAAUUAUUACUGUUAUGUGAAUAAUAAGAUUACCAGGAAGCAUCUUUGAGUUUGGUUAGAUUAGAGAUUUGGAAAUUUUGGACAUAGAUUUUAAAAAUUUCUCCUCUUUUUGUCAAUUCAUUAAAUUAGUGAGAGAUAAUAGAUGAUCAGUUUUGGUAACAGGAGAUGAAAGUUGUUCAGAUUGUUCAUAGAUCUGUAAAUGAAAGGAAAGUAAUUUGAACAGUUUUUUUUCCCUACAACAUUUCUGAUUAUUUUCCGACUUAUGUAAUUUUGUAGUCUCC